CGCGCACUCCGACUGUUUUUUCGUGAAGCCGCCGCCGGUCGGGCUACGACAGGGCAGAGAACCAGAUCACUUGGAGUCGUUCACUUGCAUACUUCGACUCGCUGUUAAAUUGUUCAUUUGUCCUCAUACCUCACGUGGCAACGCUGUACGUCGUAGUGUAACUUCCAGCAUCUCUUUCUUUGCAAACAAUUAGUGGCUAUGACUUUUCUCAGUGUUUUUGUGCAUUAACUACUGUUUUCAAGGGGUUUGACGGACACUCGAUGACAUUUUGAUAUAUCCUUCUUCUUUUAUACACCACAAUCAGUAAACGUUGUUGCCUUAAGACGACCAAUUAUCAACACAAAGUUUCUACAGUGUUUAUAACGAAAAUACGAUUGACAGUAGUUUUUUUGGUGUUUACAAUUUACAAUAAUGGCAGUCACAGUUUACUCCAACGUCAAAUUAGACUGUUCGGCAAUGGGCGAAGGCAACGGAAUUAUUGAUCAUGAUAUCCACGGAAAUUUGAUUCAAAUGAAUGGGAGUCACUCGAGUUCUUCAGGUCGAAGCACACCCAACAAUACAAAUGAUCCCGCUCCGGGAAAACUGUUCGUUGGCGGGCUCAGUUGGCAGACCUCAAGCGAGAAGCUCAAAGAAUAUUUCGGCAUGUUCGGAAACGUCACCGAUGUGCUCAUCAUGAAGGACCCCGUCACACAGAGAAGCAGAGGCUUUGGGUUUAUCACAUUUUCUGAGCCAUCGAGCGUAGAUAAUGUGUUGAAAGUUCCGAUUCACACAUUGGACGGAAAGAAAAUAGAUCCUAAACACGCAACUCCGAAGAACAGACCAAAACAGCCGAACAAGACAAAGAAAAUAUUCGUGGGAGGAGUGAGCCAGGACACAUCCGCCGAGGAAGUGAAGGCGUACUUCAGCCAGUUUGGGAAGGUCGAGGAGACUGUGAUGUUGAUGGAUCAACAGACGAAGCGCCACCGUGGUUUUGGAUUCGUCACGUUCGAGAACGAAGACGUGGUGGACCGCGUUUGCGAGAUCCACUUCCACACGAUUAAGAAUAAGAAGGUGGAAUGCAAGAAGGCACAGCCCAAAGAAGCAGUGCAAGCCAGCGCUCAGUUGCUCGGCAAGCGUAUUAUGCUGAGCAGUUUGGGGAUGAGGAUGGCAGCACCUUCAGCCGGAGCGAUGGCAGCUGCGAAUCCUUUGGCGGUAGCGCAGGCUCAGGCUCAUGUGCAGGCCGCUGCGGCAGCCGCCGCGGCAGCACAGGCUCAGAAUGCGGCCGUCGCCGGUUACGGAAAGUUGUUUGGAGCGUACCCGCCGUUGGCGAGCUACAGAUACUCGCCGUAUCCCAUGCCUGCAGCGAAUAUGGGAGCGAGCGUGGGCCCAGGGGCCGCCGGCGGCGCCCCCAACCAAGCACCUGCCCAAGGUAAUCCUGCAUUGACGCAGCAAAUGGCCGCCAGUCCGUAUCAGGGCUACAAUCUGACAAAUGUGGACAUGUCCAGUUUCCAAGGCGUCGAUUGGGGAUCAAUGUAUGGAGUCGGCAUGUAUGUCUGAACAAACUACAAUUUGCUCAUAUUAUUACUUGUAAUGCGAAAUGGGCCAAAUUACCCAGUGGACUUCCAAAUAACAUUUCCAAUGUCAAUGGCGGCGUCUUUUGCCUAUUACAUUUAAACUUGCUGUGUGUAGACUACUGUCAUGUUUCCAAUUUCCCUUGUAAUAGGUAUACAUAUACUCUCAUCACAUUAACUUUGUUGUUGAAAAAAUGACCGAUGCCGCCUUCUGCUCAAUUUAGUAUUUCUAGCAAUAACUCGCAAUAAUCAGUAUUACUAAAACGAAUUGAAUAUCGUUUAAAUUUCCAUAUAUUCUCCUAAAAGGCAAUAAGAUUACUUAUUUAUAAAAAAAGAACAAAAAGGUUGUGCUGAGUGUACUUAAAUUUUCUCGUAGUAUUUAUUUAUUACAUUGACUGAUUGGCAGUUUGACGAUUACUUGCCAUUAUUUAAUGAUUUUUAUUAAUAAUAGAUCUCAUGGAAUAGCAAUUAGGGUAUUAUUUAAUUUUAAUUUGUAAUAUUUAUAUUUUAUUAUUAGUGCACCUCCGCCAUAGCUUGCCGUUUGUCGGCUAGUUUUAAUUUUGUUUACUACUUAAUCUGCAGAUCUAGUCAAAAGAGGCAGUAUCGGCCUUAUUCUCUUAUCAUCCUUUACUUAGACAGACCUGCCCACAUUCCUUAGUGUAGUUCUGUAAACUUACAUAUUAUGUAAGUACGUAUGUUUUCGUUUCUUUCAUAUAUGUGAUUUGCGGACCAAUGCGUCUGUUGCCUGGCAAUAAGCCACGGUGCAGCGAAAUUAAGAGCACGUUAUUCCCUCAUAUUUACCUAAGAUGUGGAAGAUGGCCUCCCUUCUUUCUAGUUAAGUUUUGUUCAAUAUAUUAAUCGAUUCAAUUCUGUAUUUAUUAUAAAUAUGAAAAUCAACCCGUGACUGAGAUGCUCUUGGUUUCGUGUCGCUCAUUCGUAUUAUAAAAAUGAAUGAAUAAUACUGAUGUUUUAUAUUAUAUGCUUUAGCAGUAAGGUCGUUAAAAGGACAGACAUUGGCUCAGCCUUGUGAUAGUUGUUGGGUGGCCAUAGUGUCUGUACCUGGCUGUGUUGUUGGUCAAUUGAACCAUUUUAAUCUGAAAUAUACUCGCUAGAAUUUAAAAUAUCAUAGGCAGUUUUAAUUUUACAAUUAAGUAUCAGUAAAAAUGUAAGAUUUUAUAUAGGAAACCCAAUACUUUUAUAACAGUUAUAAUUUUAUUUUUUUUUUAUCAAAAGAGCAUAUAUUGAAUGAAUCCUGGUUUUCGGAUUAAUCCGAACCCCCGCGACGCCAUUUAUUUGUCUCUCUGAGGC